AUGGACUUUCAAAAGGCAGAGACGGUGCUAGACCUUGAUAACAUCCGUGCCGCCCUUGUGCGGAUGGAAGAUACCAUUCUUUUUGCUCUUAUCGAGAGGCUGCAAUUUUUCGAGCUGCCCAGUGUGUACGAAAUUGAUAAGUACAAGAUUGAGGGCUUCAGCGGCCUGUUCAUGGAAUGGCUUCUCUUGCAAACCGAGAAGACUCACUCUCAGGUGAGAAGGUACCAGGCUCCUGACGAAAUGCCAUUUUUCCCUGAUGAACUCAUCACGCCAAUCCUACCUCCAAUCAAGUACCCUAGGAUUCUCGCGUACUAUGGCGACGAGAUCAACGUCAACAAGGAAAUUUUGCAAUUCUACGUGAACGAAAUCGUGCCUGGUGUUUCCUGCAACAAAGGCGACCAGUCUGAAAAUUCUGGAUCAGUUGCUGUGUGUGAUGUUGAAUGUUUGCAAGCUAUCUCUCGCCGUAUUCAUUUCGGAAAGUUUGUCGCAGAAUCGAAGUUCAGGGAGAACAGAGAACUUUACACAAAACUCAUUGAAGCUCGCGAUGUGAAGGGUAUUGAGGACAGCAUCACCAACAGCGCAGUGGAGCAAAAAAUUUUAGACCGUUUGAGAGAAAAGUGCCAGGCUUAUGGCACUGAUCCUGGACUAAGAUGGUUGAAGGUUGUGCAGUUGAAGGUGAAGCCUGAGGUGAUUAUCGACUUGUACCAGCGGUAUGUGAUUCCUCUCACAAAGAAGGUCGAGGUCGACUACUUGCUUCGAAGAUUAGAGGAUCCUUUGUAA